UAUCUUUGUUUAAUGGGCAUGAAUUAUGAGCAUGGAGGAAGAAGAAGGAACAGUUUCACCACUACUGGAAGAAAAUGUGGAUCAUGAGAACUGGGAGAUGAAUGAGCAUUCUUCUUCUGCUGCUGCUGGUGGUGGUUCAUCGGUUACAUUUACUCUUGUCUUCACCGCAUUAAUCCUUGUUUGUGGGUUUUACAUCUAUGGAAAUGCUAUGGGGUAUUCAUCUCCUGCUGAAUCUGGAAUCUUGGAUGAGCUCAGCCUUUCUUUGGCCGCAUAUUCGCUUUUUGGUUCAAUAUUAACAAUAGGGGGACUAAUAGGUGCACUCUCGUGUGGGAAGAUGGCAGACCUCAUCGGUCGGAGAAGUGCUCUAUGGGUUUCAGAUGCACUCUGCCUAAUAGGGUGGCUUGCAAUUUCAUUUUCCAAGGUAUUUUUGGGUCUCCCCUUUAGGCAUCCGUUUUUCAGCAUAUGUAAAUAUCCAACCAUUUUCAUACAGGGUGCUUGGUCGCUUGACCUUGGAAGACUAUUGGUGGGAAUUGGAAUUGGGAUUCUUGCUUAUGUGAUACCCAUUUAUGUUGCAGAGAUUACACCCAAGAAUUUCAGGGGAGCAUUUACAUUACUUAUUGCACUUAUGAUGGGUUCAGGCAUAUCAGUUACAUUUAUCAUUGGUUCUGUCUGUAACUGGCGCAUCUUGGCUCUCAUAGGAACUAUUCCAUGCGUAGUUCAGCUCAUUGGUGCAUUCUUCAUUCCGGAGUCUCCCAGAUGGUUGGCAAAAGUUGGUAGAGAAAAAGAUCUGAAACUUGCUCUCCAGAGGCUUAGGGGGAAAAAUGCUGAUAUUUCUCAGGAGGCUGCUGAAAUCAUUGAUUAUACACAGGAUUGUAAUCAGACAUCAGAAGAUGGCAUUAAAGAGUUAUUUCAAAGGAAAUAUGCUCUUGCAAUUACUGUUGGAGUUGGGCUGAUGGCAAUUCUACAAUUUGGAGGUCUCAAUGGCUAUACUUACUAUUUCAGCUCUAUUUUAGAAUCAGCUGGUUUCCCUAGUAGUGUUGGUUCUGUAGUAGCAAGUAUUGUUCAGAUAGUGAUGAAUAUUUGCAGUUUGUUCUUAAUUGAUAAUUUUGGAAGAAGACCACUUCUGCUGGUUUCUACAAGUGGAUGCUGCUUAGGCUCAUUUACCACAGGAUUGUCCUUUCUACUGCAGAGCUUUCACCUGGGGAAUGAAAUCACUCCCAUUCUGGCAAUUGCAGGAAUAUUGGUUUUCAUAGGAUCUGUGUCAAUAGGCCUUGGAGGAAUACCAUUGAUUAUAAUGGCAGAGAUAUUUCCUGUAAACGUAAAAGGUCCAGCAGGAAGUUUAGUAAAUUUGUUCAGCUGGGCAGGGAGUUGGAUUGUCGCAUAUACUUUCAAUUAUUUGUUUGAGUGGAGCUCAGCAGGGGUAUUUUUUAUAUAUGCAAUGAUUGCUGGGUUGGGAGUGAUAUUUGUGGCAAAAUUGGUACCAGAGACCAAGGGGCGAGCACUUGAAGAGAUACAAGCAUCAUUAAUUACCCAUUAUCAUCAAGAAUCUGUAUGACAAUAAUGGGUCCAGAUUCUAUGAGAUGGGUUCAAACAAGAUCAAGAUUUGUCAAGAAAUUUGGUUUAAUUGAUUUUCCAUUGAUAAUAAGAUAUCUAAAUUACAAGUUGAAAAUA